CCGUAAUUGUGGUGCUUUGACUUCUUCUGGUCCCUCACUGUGCAGGUGAACUUUGAGCUCACUAACCGUGCAGACAUCUCCCGCUAUUGUCACUUAUGUGAGGUGGCUGAUACUUCUCCCUCCAUCUCAGCUCCUUUUCUACUCUGUGUUCUUGGAGUGAUGAGUUUAGAAUGAUUCUCUGCUGGGCAGUAUCGUUUAAUGAUGUUUCCUUCACUUCCUUGGCUCCUUGCCCUAUGACCACUUGGACAAGUCAGGAAAUACAGAUGAACCCUGGUACUAGCCUGUCUUUGGAAAGUGAGUGUGUGGGACCCCUGUUGAGAGGUAGUGGAUGAGUGUGUUUGUGCCUGUGCCUGUGCGUGUGUGUGUGUGUGCAUGCGCAGCUAUAUCUUAGCCUUGGUGAGUGUAAGGGAACGCUGAGCCUGCUGACCGGAAGUGACCCACUUUGAGAAAUGUUCCAGCCCACGCCUGGAAAUUCCUCCUGCCUGGCUGUGUGGGAAGCUCCAGUCUUUCCAGCAGUCCUUCAGUGCAUUGAACCUGAAGAAACCUGAGCUCACUACUGCGCUCAGUACUGCACAUAGUAAAAUACUGUUUUAUCUGCCUCUGCUCAGCUACCUAAAUGGUCAGAGCUGCCUCUCUACAGCUAUAAUUGGUGGGAAUCAGGAACACAGGUGAUUAGACGCAGCCUCUGAGCAGCCCACAGUCCAGCACAGAGGUUUCCUGAUGCCAUCCUUUGGAACUAAGUCACUGUUUAAUCAUGACUUGGUUUUAGAGUCGUCAGUAGAAAUGUAGAUUUGGCCAGGAUUAAAUCCAUAAGUAACAUACCUUUUUCUUUUUUUGUUCUCACUUAGCUCAUGGAUUUGCAUAGGAGAUGGAACUUCUGAAUUGCAUUUGGGAAUGUUUCUGCCAAAUUGAUGGUGACAUGCCAUUGUCGGAGGCACUCAGCAGGGUUGAACAGUGGCUCCUUGUUCCUAGCCUGUUCAUACUUAGGUUUGACAGGAAGAAUUUAUAGAGCUGAGUGUGGUGGCACAUGCCUGUCCCAGCACUUGGGAGGUUGAGGUAGGAGAAUCACUGAGUUUGAGGGUAGCCUAUAACAGACCAUGACCCUGUCUCAAAAAAAAAAAAAAAACACCAGUGUGUAAAAGCAGGAAUUGUCCUGUUGAACUUUCUCUGCAUUCCACCCAUCAGUGUGCUUGUCCUCGAGAGGAAGGGCUCUGGCAAGUGACAUUUCUGAAGUGCCAGCAGCAGGAAUGAGGCUUGAGUAUGUUGAGUAAAUGAAUCUUGUUCAUUGCUGCUGCCUCGUGACUUACAAAAGAUGUUUAAUAAAUAUUUAGCCAUUGGAUGGGGCUAGAGUUUAAGCUUCAUCUGUGUAGCUGGUAAGAGGACCUAAUUGGUUCAUAUGACUAGAUUGAAGGACCAGGUAAAGAGGACAAUGUCUCCAGCCUUACAGAACUCACCAGGCUGCUCAACAACUCAAAAGAGGGAAAUCUUGCAACCCCAAGGCCUCUGCCUUUGGCCGGGUUUGCUCCCACCCUGCUUCUCUGCUCAGCCCCCGUGACUUGGAUCUAAGAAGGGACCACAAAGUUUUCAGCUGUCUCAGCUUUCCCCUGACCUCAGGGGCAGAGGUUCUGCAGAUGUUCUUUCCUUUGGAAGAUCUCUUGCCAAGAACAGCAUUCCUUGAGGGGAAGGGGUUCGAGCUGAACUGUGGCUGGAAUGUUGCUUUUCUUGGUUUGUGUAAAUGUAUUGCUGGCAGGACAACUGCUCAGGCUGAGAAAGGAGCUCGGCACUUGCUGUCUCACAAAGACAGUGCGAGGCUCCAGGAUGUGGCCGCUUAUGACCACAGCCAGAAACGCUGAGGCAUUUUUCCGAUGGGAUCAACCUGGCUUUCAAAUUUCUUUCAGUUCCUAAAUUCUGCUUUCUAUUUGAACUAAAAAUGUUUGCAUGAGUCACUCUACUUGUCAUUUGCCUAUGAAAUAUUGUAUGUGCAUAUUUUAAGCUUAUUGCAUCCUUAAAAUUAAUUUUCAAGGGCUGGCUGUAUCAACAGUUCAGAAGAAAUAUCUCGCUGAAAUCAAGGCUUAUCCAGAAAAAUAAUGUAGGGGGAACAGAUGACUCUGGUAGGAACAUGGUAAAUACUGCUUCACUGGGUGGUUUAUAUUUGGGGACCUAUAAGUCCAACAUGGAGGGCUUAUGUGACAUUUGGGUGAACUGACAUCAGCAGGUACAGACAACACAGCAUCUGAAGCAUCCCUGUCACAGUCUGAACCAGUACAAGUGAGAGCUCUUUGUUGAAAAGCUUGGAAAAGCCAACAGGAGUCUUGCCAGCUCCUGGAAGAGGGUGUUCACCGAGCACACCCCUGCCCAUCAAAUUCUGCUCCUAGCAGUCACUGUCCCUCUGAGACAGUGAGUGACUGAGUCAGCACACAGCAAUGAGUUUCAGAAGCACUUGGGCGCCCAUGUCUGACUAACUCGGCAAACAGGCACAGCUCUAGACGUAGGGAAAGUCAGAAGAUCUUGGUUAAAAAUUGGAGAGGAGGUGGGACUUCAGGUCAGGAAUUGGUAGGAAACAACAGUGGCUCUCACCCCAGCUGGACAUUAGAACUGUCUAUCAGAAUAGACUCCAGGUCCCUUAGAAAUUCCAUGAUGUCAGGUGUGCACAUUUGUAGUCCCAGCACUCAGGAGACUGAGGCAGGAGCAUCAGAAAUGGGCUACAAAGUAAGCUUGAGGCCAGCCUGACCUCAAAAAAUCAAAAACAAUUUUGUGAUCUGAGGAUUUCUCCAUGACUCAGUGAUCAGACAUGGAAAUCCCAAGUUAUAAUGGGGAGGCAGGGAACAUUGCUGUUUGUUCAAAUUGAAUCAAAUGCUAUAAAAAAGAAAGUUUGGAACUUCUGAUUUUGGAAAAGAGGCUGGGAGAGCCCACUGCAAGUAGCUGAAGGGCGAUUUUUAGUACCAUCAUAGCCCAGCUCACGCCACAUCCAACUACUCUGUCCCCACCUUCAGGUUCUGAACCAGAGGCCUAAGCACCUCUCAGCUCCCAGCCUCUGCCUGCCUGCCAGAGCCUAAUCCUCAGAUUUGCAAUCCACAGAUCACCCAACGGAACGCCCCCCUUUCUCUGACUACAAAUGGAAUCUUGGAAUGAAAGUUGCUUUUGAUGAGGAUGUCGAGGUGGGGGGGGGGUCUCACAAGCUACUUUUGGGCCAUAAAUAUAUGAAAGCUACUAACAUGUGACAGUCUCCCGAGAGGUCUUGGACACUGGGUUGUUGGCAUGCAUUACUGUUAGAAGGGCGCUAAGGACUCACCUUUACAGAGCUGAUGCUGUAACUGGAGGGAAGAGCACAUAAGUCAGAAACACUACUACACCUGCCAAGCACUGGAUGUCCACCUCUAGGCUGGAUCUGAGUUUCCUAUGUAAAAUGUAUGAAGCAAGACUGACCUGGGGCGUGGUAACGGGAGACUGCCAAGUGUCGGGGUGGAGGGUCUGAAGCAUGGUGCUGGGACACCGUAAGCACCCCCAUCCUGUGCCACUGCACUGUAUGGGGUGCUUUGGAAGGCAUUGUCCCAAGUCAAUAGGCCCUAAGGGCCACAGUGGCAUUUGCCCCGGCUUCUGUGAAUCCCCUGGCAGGUCCCCAUUUCCUCCCCCUCUGCCCUCCCACGAGCUGCUUGAAUCAGCCUUGGCAGAGCUCAGGGCUGCAUGGAGGUUGUGGCCCGGUGGCCAAUGCUGGGGGCAGGGGUGGGGACCUGGCUGGGCACAUUCCAGCGUAGGCAGAUGGUCCUGCUGCAAGUUCAGAGAAUCCAGUUUUCUCCAUAUAGUUAAGAGCAUUUCUUACCACAAAAACAAAAACCAACUUACAUUCAUUGACAUUUAGAAAGUCUUGGUCCAGCCCAGCAUUCCUACAUGUAAUGCUGGACCCCUAAAGGGGAGUUCUGUGCUUAUGUUCAGGGAAGUUCUUGGGUAGUUUGGACACAGGCCCCCCCCCCCCAAGCUCCAUUGUGAUUUACUGCCCCUAAAUACACGAGAUAAAGUUGAGGAAAAUUGCAGUGCUUGCUAUGAAAACUCACUAGAAUUUGUGGUGCAAUGCCUGUGUGUCCCACAGAACCUGGUUACUCCGACCCAGCAAAGCAAUGUAUCCAUGCCUUGAUGUGGCUGAGCGACAGGGCACCUGCAGGAGUUCCCACAGGGCUGUGUCUGAGGCUUUGGGGUUAGAUCUCAACUGCCAAUUGUGGAAUCUUGGGUAAGAUAUGUGACCAGCCUGUAGAAUGGUAGUCCUGUCUGUAGAAUGGGGUCCUGUCUGAGAUAGCAGAGAAAGGCCUUCUUCACCUAAUGCCCCUGGAUGCCCUGAUGCCCUCUCCAGUCUACUUACAUCAGCCGUCUGCAGCUCUGUGAUAAGGGUUUUGUUUUGUCAGGGCCUUGUGUUCUGCACGGACCAGGCAGGCCUUUGGUACAGCACUUAGUGCCUAUCAGGAAACCAGGGUUGGUUUCAGGGGGACCCCCGCCACACCCAGCCAGUUAAGAGCUGUCCGCUGGCUGCUCUCUGGGUUUGAUCCUUUCUACUCUGAGGCAGGCUGGGGCCACGUGGCCCCGCCCCGCCCUCGCUGGCUCCAGUUCUGGUCUAGUUGGAGCGGCAGUGGCUUGCUUCCCCGUCGUCCCCUCAGAUAGGAAGCCUGCACAGUGGGCUGGGACAGCCAUAGCCUCUUCUGCCUGGUGUCCACUGUCCGCAGCCCCUAGGCACGUGCUUUGGGCCCUGGGCCCUAGAAGACUGCGUCCUGGCCUGUGAACAGAGCCAGACUUCACACUGAGCAGCUGCAGUCGGGAAAUCGGAGAAAGCACCACCCAGCCUGAGACUCUGAGGGACCUGCUGGGAUCCUGCCCUUCCUCAAGAAGGAAGACCCUGAGGCCACCGGCCACCGCCAGCUCCUAGGCUGCAAUGGGACAGGGAACCGCCACCCCCAGGCUGUCCACUGCCCUGCCAGGGAGAUAGGGUCACUGUGCCUAGGAGCAUCUGCCCUCUGCCUGCUGUCCAGCACCUCCUCCUGGCCAGCCUGCCUGGACUUGGUGGCCGCCUUUGCUGACCUGAGGCCAUGUAGACACUGCUCACGCCUUUGCACACACAGCCGGUGACAGUGCCUCUGCUCUUGGGGGACCCAGUGCACCACCAUGCCCCGGGGACUCGCCUGGCUGCACUAUCUUGGGAUCCUCCUCGGUGUGGCCUUGGGAAACGAGGGUUUGGAGGUGUGGCCUCUGACCCAGCAUCAGGAGUGCGCUGUCACGGGCUUCCUGCGGGACAAGCUGCAGUACAGGAACCGGCUCCAGUACAUGAAACACUACUUUCCCAUCAACUACCGGGUCAGCGUGCCUUACGAGGGGGUGCUCAGAGUCGCCAACAUCACCAGGCUGCAGAGGGCCCGGGUGAGUGAGCAGGAGCUGCGCUAUCUGUGGGUCUUGGUGAGUGUCAGUGCCACGGAGUCGGUGCAGGGCGUGCUGCUGGAGGGCCACCCGUCCUGGAGGUACCUGGAGGAGGUUCAGACGCUGCUGCUGAAGGUGCAGCAGGGCUUUGUGGGUGUGGAGAUCAGCCCCAAGGUGGAAGCCGUGUUGUCUGUCCUCAAUGCCCCAGGCCUGAGCCUGAAGCUGGUAAAGCCCAAAGCCCUGCUGGACAACUGCUUCCGGGUCAUGGAACUGCUGUAUUGCUCUUGCUGUAAGGAGCCCCCAGUAAACAAAGCCCCAUCCUAAACUGGCAGGACUGUGAGGUGCCAGGUCCUCAGCCUCGAAGUCUAGAGCGCUCGUUGCAGUGUGCAGCCGCUGGGUUAUAGCCUCCACCCUAGUAGCUCUGCAGCUGCCUGCCCGGCUCCCUGGCUUAUGUGCUGGACCCCAGGUCAGGGCCCAGGGCUGAGGUCUCUUUGGACUGAGCUGUACGUAUGUUGAUCCUGUGUGGGGACCUCAUGAGUCCUUGGAGCUGGGCCAGGCCUCAGACUUGGCACCCUUCGGAGAAGCCCUGAGCUGGAGGUGGCUCUGCUCCUGCUUUCUGACCUGACUCUGUCACCAUGGAGUGUUGGGGGCUGCAGGUUCCCCGGCUGUAGGUAGUGCCAGUCUCCUGGUCACUGUAGCCAGAGCUGUUCCUCCAGGCAGCAGGCAGAGAUGCAGGGACCACGUAGGACUCCGGGACUCACGGUGGCUUUUCAGCCAGGUCGCACAGAGGGUGGAGUCAAAUGCCACAUCUUGCCACAGUGGAUGCUAUUCUAGUAUCUUUUUCUAUUAAACACCUGCUUGUUUUGG